AUGGAGGACUCCACGGAGCAGCCUGAACAACCACAACAUCCAAGAACCGGCGGCCAGCGCCUGAUACUAUUCCCACCCCCACUCCAAGGCCACAUCAGCCCUAUGCUCCAGCUGGCAAACAUUCUCCAUUCUCGUGGCUUCUCCAUAACCGUCAUCCACACCCGACUCAACUCCCCCAACCCAUCGAACCACCCUCAUUUCACGCUGGCCUUGACCGACGUGUUGGCUGACGGCUCGGCUGAAUCGGUUGCCUGUGUGAUCUCGGAUGCCGUUUUGCAUUUCACAUCGGCAGUUUGCAAGAGUUUGAAAGUUCCGAGGGUUGUUCUGAGGACUGGUGGAGUGUGUUCUUUCUUGGCUUUCCCAGUUCAAGACGGGAAGAAGCUGGAAGAUUCAGUAGAGGAGCUUCCUCCACUUAGAAUCAAGGAUCUCCCAGUAAUCAACACAUCUCAUCCAGUGAAACUGUAUGAGCUAGUGCAAGCCAUGGUAGAACAAACCAAGGUCUCAUCGGGAUUAGUCUUUAACUCCUUUCAAGAACUCGAGGACUCGGCAAUCGAAAAACUUCGCGGGGACUUCGAAAUCCCAAUCUUCGCGGUAGGCCCGUUUCACAAGCACUUUCCAGCCUCUUCAAGUAGCAGUUUGUUCGAAGAAGAUCACAGUUCAAUCUCGUGGCUCGACGAACAACCUCAUGGCUCGGUUAUCUACGUGAGCUUCGGCAGCAUUGCAGCGAUAGAAGAAAAAGAUUUUCUUGAGAUAGCCUGGGGACUGGCUGGCAGCACACAUCCGUUCCUAUGGGUCGUCCGUCCGGGACUAGUUAAGGGCUCCGAUUGGCUGGAGUGUUUACCGAAAAUGUUGAUGUAA